AUGGGGAUCCAGGGUCCUCCAGGAAGAGCUGGCUUUCCGGGACCUGCAGGGGAACCAGGUUUGUCCAUCAUAGGGCCUCGAGGUCCUCCAGGUCAACCAGGUGCAAGAGGGUUUCCAGGAUUUCCAGGUCCAAUAGGCUUAGAUGGUAAACUGGGACCUCCUGGGCCGAAGGGGGAUAAGGGCCCAUCUGGUCCUAAAGGCGAGCAGGGUUAUCCAGGACAAAAGGGAGAAAAGGGCCACUGUGCAGAUUAUCCACUUAGAGAGCUGUUACCUAGACUCAGCACCGUGCGGGCUGCUCAGCCUACCAUCAUCAACAGACGCAACUACAAGGGUGAAAAGGGAGAACCUGGCUUCUUGGGUCCCCCUGGGCCUCCUGGACCCCCUGGACCACCAGGACCACCUGGCAGUACUGGCCCCCCCGGAAAACCUGGAGACACUGGCAAGCCAGGAAAAGAUGGAAUGGGAGAACCAGGAGUACCAGGGUUGCCAGGUAAAAAGGGGGAAACAGGUGAAUCUGGCUUACCAGGAAAACCAGGCCUUCCUGGACCAAUAGGCCCAAAGGGACAUAAGGGUGAUCCAGGGCUAAAUGGUGACCCAGGAAUGAAGGGGGAUAAGGGAGACCCUGGCCCUAAUGGACGCCCUGGAAUGGAGGGAGAUAAAGGAGACAAAGGGCCAAAGGGUGAGCCAGGGCUUGUUGGUGACCCAGGAAUGAAGGUAAGCACAUGA